AGAACUGGGUCCAAGGACAAUGCAAAUGCCAACAUCAAUUGUAUUUCUUACCAUACUUUUAAUAAUCCAAUACUCGGAAGCCAAUAUUAUCUGGAGGUAUCAAAGAUCCGAUGGAGAACCUCAACGGGAUAUUGAUUUUUCGGAGCACACCUGGACGCCACUAGGCCCUGCGCAAAUGCAGGACUACUACGGAGCACAGGCGCAGGCUCAGAGGUCCCUGCCCGCUGAAAUUGAGGAGCAGCAGAGCUUCAAGUUUAUGGAGGCACCGGUCUCCCUGAGCAAUCCGGUAUUCAAUGUAUUUUCCAAAAUGAGCGACUUAUAUAGAUGGAUUUCCAAUGAAAAGCGGGGUCCAAUAUUGGUCUACUGAGCUCACUCCUACUGAAAUUCUGAGCUCACUGAAAUUUUUUGGAACGGAAAAAAAAUUGGAAAACAUGAGGAAAAAUGUACGAGUCUUUUGUAUUUAUUGCUCUUUAAAUUAUUUAUUUUAUUGAUUUUUUUGUGAAAAUGUAUUUUUUUUUCUGAAUGAAUGAUGUUGGUUGAAAUG